AUGAGGCAGGUCUUCCUGUUGCCCGAGGUGAAAUCACCGGACCCUGCAGUCACGUCGCAGCUCUUCGCGGCCCAGCGGGGAGACGGGGCGAGGGCCUACCCACAGCGCGUGGGAAGCUUCGUGGUGAAAGGCGUCAGGGACUUGACGGUGGGCUACGACAGCCGCCAGGUCGAUGGCAAGCCUGAGUUGCCGCUGAACCUGGGUGGGGAGAUGAUCACCUACUACUUCGAAGACGCAGAGGUGACGCUCAGGAGCUCCGGCACGGAGCCAAAGAUCAAGUGGUACUCGGAGAUGCCCUGCAGCUAUGGGGAAAGUCGCCUCAGGGAGUUGGUGAAAGCAGUGGUGUGCAGCUUGCUGGACCCCGUCGGCAACAACCUGGAGAUUCGCCCGGAGGAUAAGGAGCUGCUCCAGCUGCGGGAGUCCAUCAAAGAGCUGGAGUCGAGGCUGGGGCCAUUGACCAACGAGGCUGCGGGGAUCAUUCGCAAGCUCCGCGACAUGCCCUUCGAGUUCACCACGGAGUCGGGCAAGCUCAGGGAGCAGGUGAUUGCCAACAUCCACCAAGAGUCCCAGUGGAAAGAGCGACUUGCUAUCCUCCGGGGUGAGAAGUUGCAGAACAUCCGCUUCAUCGCGAUGCUGAGUAAGGCGCUUUCCUCUUGA